AUGGAUUACCUUGACUAUUUGGACUACCACAUUGAACCACCACCUCGCAUGCGACCAGCUCGCUACCACGAUUAUAAUCCCUUCAAUGAUUUGACAGACGACGAGUUCAAAGAUAGGUUCCGAUUUUCAAAAGAGGCCGUAAAUGAAUUGAUUGAGUUGUUAACUCCAAGGCUCGGCUUUCCUGGCAUAAGAGCCAAUCCGAAUACUAUACCAAAUUGGAAAAAGGUAUUGAUUGCCCUUAGAUUUUUUGCCGAUGGCAACUUCCAUAGGGAAACAGGCGAUCUGCUGGAUGUUUCUGAAUCUGCAGCAUGUCAGAUAGUCCAUAAAGUUGCGUCAGCUAUUUGUUCGGAACUGAAAGCUGAGUACAUUAAAUUUCCAUCUGGGGACUACGCCACUAGAACCAAAACCAUCUUCUUCACUAAGUAUGGAUUCCCCAACGUCUUAAGUUGUGUUGACGGCACCCACAUUCCCAUUGUUAGCCCUUCAACUCCAGACAAAGAGGAAUAUAGAUGUAGGAAGGGUUUUUUUUCUAUCAACGUCCUAGGAGCAGCAGGUGCAGACCUUGAAUUUACCAACAUAGUUGCCAGAUGGAAAGGCAGUACUCAUGAUUCCAGAGUGUUGAAAAAUUCAAGACUAUAUGCAGAAUUUGAAGAACGUGAUAUGGGCGGAAUACUGGUCGGAGACAGUGGAUACGAAUGUAACAGGCAAGUAACAACAUAA